UUUGGGUGUGGACAAGGUUAUCAGUCACUAUAUAAAGUACAGAGUAAUUGCAAUAAACUGUAUCACUUGUUCCAUAUCAACAGAACAGAACAACAAUGAACUCUUUGGCCGUAGCUGUCCUUUUCGGCGUCGUAGCCUACGCUAGCGCUGGCGGUCUUGGUCUCGUUGGAGACAGAGGAGCCCUAGAAGGUGCUUUGGGAGGCCAAUGGAUCCCUGAUGUAGGACACGGCGGAAUCGCCGGAGCCGGAAUCGUGGGCGGUGGAGUCAGCGCCAAGGGUGCCCUUGAGGGAGCCCUAGGUGGACAAUGGAUCCCUGAUGUCCCAGUAGCCCACGGUGCCGCUAUCGCUGGCCCCGGACUCGGUCUCGGUCUCGGUUUGGGAGGAGUCGGACUUGGAGGAAUUGGUUUGGGACAUGGACUUGGUUUGGGUCAUGGACUCGGUUUGGGAGGCAUCGGCUUGGGAGGCAUUGGCUUGGGAGGCAUCGGCUUGGGAGGCGUUGGAUUGGGCGUUGGCCAUGGGGUAUCCCGAGGAGCUGUAGAAGGUGCUCUUGGUGGUCAAUGGAUCCCUGACACCCACGGCAAAUAGAUGUUUCGUUAGUGUUGAUAUGACUGAAUUUUGUGUACCUUUCUUCCAAUGUCUUUCUUUCUUUCUUUCUUUCGACUAUUGUCUUCUUGUAAAAUACUGUAUGAUUUCUCUCGAAUAAAUGUCGGUACCUCUCUACCUCUU